UUUGUGCGUGUAAAUAAUAGCGACGGUUGAUUGAACAUGAACGAGAGCAGCUACUCGUUCUCUUGUUGUACCGGCCAGGUAGUCGUGCAAGCAGGGAGACACUCUGUACAGUUGAAGACGGUAUAACGACAGGGAAGGAGAUAAACAAGCAACAAGCAGAGUAAAGAUGAACUACCCGGAAUGGUCCAGCGCCACUCCAGAGGCGAGGUGGACCGCCAUCAGGGAGAUGAAGAAAGCUGGUCUGGCUGAGAAGAGACGCCUGGAGAGGGAGGGGCUCCUGCCCGAUUAUGACUACCCCGACCCAAAAGGAACGACGAGAUCGUCAGGACAGAAUAGGAGGCCAAUCACCGUCCUCAACGACAACCCCGGACCUUGUUACAACAUCUCUGCUUACAGAAGCGCUGGAUUCUCCAUCUGCGGUCGAGACACCAGCAACCGGAUGAUGUUAAUACACGGAGAUGACUUAAACAACAGCAACAAGGAUGAUGGUAGACAUGUAUCAUCGCUCCCCGUUGCAACAGUCGCCAGCUGGAAGGGGGAGAGACACGGGAAAGAAAGCAUCUACCAAAGCACACACAAUGCUCAAGCUCUAACGGACAAGAAAAUCAAACCAGAAUUUCGGGUUAAGUUUAAGACAAGGAGAGUUUUUCCAGAAAAUGAACACAAGAUUGACGGAACUGUUGACUCAACAACAGAACGCCUUUUGCCGUCUGUUACAUGUGCUUCAGAAAACCCUGGACCUGGUACAUAUUACCCCCCAAUCAGCACAGGCAAUGUUCCUCGUUCACCAGCGUUUUCAAUCAGCGGACGUCGUGAUCCGUACCUAAAGGAUGACAGGCUUCAGGUGUCUGAUGCCGGAAUUCUUGUGCAUCAGUAAUUAUUUGUCUAGGUCAGGCUUACAGUGUGUCUUUUAUCUGCAAUUGCUUUCUGGCGGUUUACGAAACAGUUCUAAGAGACUUCGUUGAUCCAACCAAGCAUCAUUUUAGACGAACAGGACUCACCCCACUGAAAGUCGUACAGCGAAAACAAACGCAUGUGCCAAGACGAACAUGUUCAAAAACAUA